AUGUUCGGACCUCAAAGACCAACCAUGGUUAUGGUCUAUGGAGCUGUUGGCAGUCGAAAGGAGAAUUUGUUGCAAAGUUUGAUGGACACACAAAAUCUGCUGCGGGAAAAACCACAAAAUAACAGUAGGAUACUGGAUGGGUUAGAACAGUUUUUGUUUGUUCCAACAGUUACAGUAGCACCGAAGGACAUUGAGCACGAUUUUAAAAGAACUCCGGAUUGUUUUGAAAUAGUGGAUGCUUCAAGUUUUUCCUCUCGACUCUCAAAUAAGGAAUUUGAUCUGUGUUGGAAAGAAUUUCUGGACAAACAAUACAAGUUUUCAAACUCGGAACCUAUGAGUAUCGAUUAUGUGUACAAAGCCAUCCCAAAAGUUGAGACAAUAUUGAAAGAAUAUCCCUCAUGUCGGAAAGUGAUCAUUUCAACCUCUAAUAGUUGUGGUUCCAAAGAGAGUGAAUCUGUCUUCAAUCCGCUCAUGGAAGCAAUUAAAUUAUACAAAGACUCACAUAACGUAAAAAUUGUACUUGUGCGAGCCUCUAGAGAGGUCGUUCAGCAAUCCCUAAGGGAAAAAGGAUGUUACAAUCAGGAUGAAAUUGACACAUUGAUGGUGCAUCACGAGUACAUUGAGAAAGAUAAGACAAUUAAUGAUCUAAGAAAAUAUUUGCAUUAUAAUGGAAACAUACCCUUGACCUUUGUGGAUAUUACUAACAAUAUGGAGGCUGAUAUGAGAAGAUUUGUCAAUGCAGUCGAAGGAAAAACUGAAGAGGAAAACGAACCCUUUUACGAGAGUAAGCAUACUGCUCGAGAAUACAUGAAGACACACAAAGUUAGCGAGCUCCUUCAAUAUUUGCUCCAGCUUGUGCUGGUUGAAAUGCCAUCUGAUCCUAGACAAUUUCUUAUUGAUAAUUUGAAAAAAAUUCAAUCACAUUCUGCAAAGAAGAUCCUGACGCCGACAGAUUUCGAAACCAUGUUCUCCAUGAUUGACAUUAAUAAUAAGGGCUGGGUUUCGUAUGAUCAAACGUUAAAAACUCUAGUCAAUCUUAAAGUGGAUUCAGAAAGUGCUGAGAAAGCCAUGUCAUCAUUUGACAAGAGUGCACGAAUCAACCAGAAUCAAUUUGUUGAAGUAAUUUCCAAGCAACUGGAUAUUCUGAAUGGCACCCCUUAUCAAUAG